AUGGUUACUCUCAUUGCUGUCGAUGAAUUCUUCUUCGGCGCCAAUAGGAUCAUCAUUAACACCAUUCCCAUUGAGAGAGUCGGCACGCAAGGUCAAUCGAUAGCUCACACCGAAAAUGAAGACCUGGAAUCGCUAGAAUCCGCUCCGUUGGACUUUGAACGAGUGACUAAUAAGACACUGGGGUUUGAAAAAGUCAUUGCUAUCGGGCUGCCGGAGCGGUCAGAUAAGCGAGAUGCUUUGGAGCUCAUGGCAUCACUAACUGGCUUUGAUAUCGAAUGGGUUGAUGGCGUAAGGCCCUCCAGCAUCCCAAACAAAGCUAUACCAUAUGGAAUCGAUCCUUCUGCAAUACGAGACAACUUUCUCGGAAGUUGGAGGGGCCACAUGAAUGCAAUUCGGCGAGUUGUCGAGCAGGAGGUUGGGUCAGCUCUUAUCAUCGAGGAUGAUAUGGAUUGGGAUAUCAAUCUCAAGUCUCAGCUCCGCAACAUUGCGCACGGAGCCCGCCAGCUCCUGCACCAAUCCUCGGCGCUGCCUCAUUCUCCCUAUGGAGAUGACUGGGAUAUCUUAUGGCUAGGCCAUUGUGGUGAACCCUUUCCGGAGACUCUAGAGGAGAAUACUGGAUUGCCAUCGAAGAGCGUAGAACAAAUGUCAGUCAAGUACUUCAUCCACGACGAUGAUACCGUUCCACCGUACAGAAAAGUGUCGCAACUUGUGGACUGGUCACAAUACCAGCCCCGUACGAGGAUCGUUCACUUGUCCGCGGCGCCUAUUUGCACCUUUUCUUACGCCAUCUCUCAAAGAGGAGCGAGAAAAAUCCUCUACGCCUUGAGCGUGGAUGGCCUGCACAUGGCAUUCGACAAUUCACUAGCACAGCUUUGCAGAGAUGCCAUGUAUGGGCUGGGUAGGAAUCAAAGCGGCGGACUCGACGUGAAGUGCAUUAGUGUUAAUCCCACAAUCAUGUUCCAUCAUAAGGCAAAGGGAUUGGUAGCUUCCGGCAGUGAUAUUCAGAAUGUUGGGAGCGAUGGUAGUAUUCGUGAAAAGGGAGAGACAGAGUCUAUCCGAUGGAGCAUGAGGCUGAAUCUGCAGAAUAUACUGACUGGCAAACAGUUGGAAGCGCAGUUCUGA